AUGUUGAGGCCCCGCCCUCCCCUCCCUGCCGCGUCUUGCGUCCCCACCGGUACCCCUGCMGCAGCCGUAGAUUUUGAACUAUUUGAAGAUACAUAAAGAGAUAUCUUGGGGAUGGAACCAAAACAGAAUUCCCUUCUGUUUCAUAUUCCUCAUAUACAAAGCCCAGAGGAUCAUCUGCCCUUCAUUGCAGACUAAAAAGCAAGUAGCAAUUGGACAGGAAAAGAAUGGCAUUGAAACAGAUUUCCAGCAACAAGUGCUUUGGAGGAUUGCAGAAAGUAUUUGAACAUGACAGUGUUGAGCUGAAGUGCAAAAUGAAAUUUGCUAUCUACUUACCACCAAAGGCAGAAAGUGGAAAGUGCCCUGCACUGUAUUGGUUGUCUGGUUUAACUUGCACAGAACAGAAUUUUAUAUCAAAAUCUGGUUAUCAUCAAGCUGCCUCAGAACAUGGCCUUGUUGUCAUUGCUCCAGACACCAGCCCUCGUGGCUGCAAUAUUAAAGGGGAAGAUGAGAGCUGGGACUUUGGCACUGGUGCUGGGUUUUAUGUGAAUGCCACUGAAGAUCCUUGGAAGACUAACUACAGAAUGUACUCUUACGUAACGGAGGAGCUUCCACAACUCAUAAAUGCCAAUUUUCCAGUGGACCCACAAAGGAUGUCUAUUUUUGGCCACUCUAUGGGAGGUCAUGGAGCUCUGAUUUGUGCUUUGAAAAAUCCUGGAAAAUAUAAAUCUGUGUCAGCAUUUGCGCCAAUUUGCAACCCAGUGCAUUGUCCUUGGGGCAAAAAAGCCUUUAGCGGAUAUUUGGGAACAGAUGAAAAUAAAUGGAAGGCAUAUGAUGCGACGUAUCUUGUAAAGUCCUAUCCAGAUUCUCAGCUUGACAUACUGAUUGAUCAAGGGAAAGAUGACCAGUUUUUGCUAGAUGGACAGCUACUCCCUGAACAUUUCAUUUCUGCCUCUUCAGAAAAGAAAAUCCCUGUUGUUUUUAGAUUACAGGAGGGUUAUGAUCAUAGCUACUACUUCAUUGCAACCUUUAUUGCUGAUCACAUUAGACAUCAUGCAAAAUACCUGAAUGCAUGAAAAUCUUCUGAUAAGAGAAUCUCUUCAAGAUUAUAAAAAUCAUAAUAAAGAGAAUUGCCGAGGGAAAAUAUUUCAAAACAUUGGAUUUCAUAAUGCUAAGACUUCGUUGUACAAUUGAUUUACCUGAAUAAAUAUAAAUAAAAGUCACUUCAGAAUUAAAAAGUUA